GCUGGGGAGAUAAGAAGUCAGGCUGAGGUGACGGGAUGUCUCAGUCACCUGAGGAUGAGUUGAGGUAAGGGAAGGGUGGAGACCUGCCCACUAAGCAGCCCGUGUCUCUGACCUGCUUUGUUCACAGGGACAGAGCAGGUGAAUGCAAAGUGGGCGUUGUGCGGAGGCAUUUGUUCUGUGUGGAAACUACACACCCUAAAUACUUUCCUCCACCCAGCCUAUUUGGGAUGAGUCAAGAAUUGUACUAACAAAAACUUGGAGCUAGGGAUGGCUGGGAUAUGGAGAAAGCUUGGAGACAGCGAGAGUAGAGGUUAGGAAAGAGGGUGAGACUUGGGAGAGAGAGAGAGAGAGAGAGAGAGAGAGAGAGAGAGAGAGAGAGAGAGAGAAGAAGAAGAAGAAGAAGAAGAAGAAGAAGAAGAAGAAGAAGAAGAAGAAGAAGAAGAAGAAAUUAUAAAGUGUAGAAGUUAGCAGUGCCUUCAGAGAUGGCAUGGAAUUGAGGCUGUAAGAAAGCCACCUGUGACCAGCUUUAGAAGUUGACUGGACCUCCGCCAAGAGCUUGGGAAGAAUCAGUCCUGAAUGGAUCCUUUCUACGCCUGUUCUGGCUCUCACUCUAUGGAAGAAGGGAUAAUACCUGUGCGGCAUAUCACUGGAUUGUCUUAUCAUCUAACAAAAGUGGAGAGUGGGUGCAGAAUGGCAUGCCAGGAUUCCUGUGUUGGCCAACUUCAGGUUUGGGCAUGCAAAGUUCCAUGAAAGAAUGGUCAGCUCAAGGGUGGAGGAGCUUAGUGUGCCCCCAGGAAUCCCAUCUCACUUUAGGGGUCCUCUGAAGGGCAGCCCUGGGGACCGGGUGAACCUUUCCUGCAAAGAUGUCUUAGAGCCCGCCCGCUGGGCUUGGGCGCCUAGUUUCCCGGCGUGCAAGGGCCUGUCCAAAGGGCGCCGUAAGAUCGUGUGGUUGUCGUCGAGCGGGACCCCAGUGGUGCUUGAGCUCUUCUCCGGCCGCCUGCGUUCCCUGGACACUAGUAUCAAGGAGCUAGAGCUACUGCUGAGCGCCGGCGAUUCUGGCACCUUCUUCUGCAAAGGACAGCAAGAGAACGAGAGCCGCACAGUGCUUCAGGUGCUGGGGGACAAGGCAGACUGCAGGGCUCCGGCAUCUACCCACGGUUCCGAGUAUCCCAAGGUCCUGAUUCCUCUGCUGGGCAUUGGGCUGGUGCUGGGACUGGGUGCCUCGGGCUUGGUCUGGUGGCGGCGCAGGCACCCGCCCCUGCCCCCGCCCCCGCCUGGACCACUCCCCGCAUUUGCUCCAGUCAUAACCGCUGAGCCGCAACAGCCUUUAGAACAGGAGUCCAAGACCUCAGGCCACCUGGACCAGGAGCCGAGCCUGCACUAUGCUGAUCUGGACCACUCCGUCCUCGGGAGGUACCGCCGGAUGUCCACAGUGGUUCCUGGUGAUGCCUCCACUGUCUAUGCGGUUGUGGUUUGAAGGGAAGCUCUUGCUCUCCAAACCUUCCAAUCCGGGGCUUCCCUUCUCUCUAUAAGCUCCUCAGCUGGAGGGGGAAGGCACCAUGGACAGAGGCACUAGUCUCGGCUUCUGGAUACCUGGGUUGUCUCUGCAACUAUUCGGCUUUUUUCAGCCACCCCCAUCUCUCCUGUAAGUUUUCCUUCACCACUGAUGCCCUCUCUAAAGCUGACCAAGCCGUCUGUCAUAAGUUUUAACUCCCAAAUAGACAUCCCGUCUGUUCACUCUCCCUUUCCAAACAAGCGUUUUGAUCUUAAGGCAUACACCGGGCCUCAUUUCCCUGCCUCACACCCACUGCUAUGAUCAUUGGCUGUGGCUGCUCAUCUACAGUCUAAGGUUGCCAGUGAUGUCCUAGUCCACAAGAUAACAUUCACUGACUUGGCCCUAGAUCAGCCCUCUUUAAACCCUGAUUUACUUUGUUGUGAAAUCUCCCUUCUAGACGCCCGGCCAUUCUGUUUGCCUCUUCCUCCUUCUUUCCUUCUCUUCUAGGAAGCUAGCCAAUCCUCAGCCCCCUUCCCUCCAACCCAGAUCUCAGUCCUAGUACACCCUGUCCAGCUAGCCUCGGGCAUUUUGCACAAGGCAUAUCAAACCUGACACAGUCAUUUCUUCCUGGGCCCUCCUCUGCAUUCUCAUGACCAACCCAAGUUGCCCAAGGCAGAAACUGGGAGUCAGAGUACACCAACUCCUCUCCCACACAGGGACUUAUGAAGCUCCCCACACAUCUUUCCUUUAAAGACGGGCUCUCCUGUAGCUGAGGCUGGCUUUGAACUCCUGAUCCCCUUGCCUCCACCUUCAGUGUGGGGUUACAGCGACUACAGGCGCACACCACCACACAAGGCCUUGUCUUAGUGUCACUGUCAAAUCUGAACCUGUCUCCAUGUCCAGAGCUGCCACCAGAAAGUACUUUCAUCAUCUGCUUCAGGGGUGACCCACACUCCCUUCUGACCCUCCUGCCCUCCCGAGCACCACCACUGGCCCUCUCCUGAGGCUUCGGCUUUGGGUACGGGUGCUGCGUACUCUUAGGCUUCUCUGUCGUUUCCUGUGUACACAUGUCCACCUUCGAUUCUCCAGUUUUCUCCCUGCAACACUCAUUGGUCUGGUGAAAUAAAUUCCACCUUCUGGAUUCCUUUUCCCUCUUCCUUACUUCCUGCCUGGAUUCCACUCAAAUGUAGCCUUUCCUGAGAUAUUGAUCCUCAUCCCAAAUGCUUGCCCACUCCUGAACAAAAUUUGAUGCUCUAGAAACCCCCUGAUUUUUUCUCAUAGAAACAGACUCCUGAAAACCAUCCCAUUCUGACCUGUCUGCCAACUCACAAGGAAAUGUCAGGAACUACGAGUUUUCUGACAUCAGGGGACGAACCCUCUUGACUCACUGUUAAGCCUCAAUACACGAAUAAGUGUCUCGGAAAACACUGUUCUUCUUUAUCAAAUAAAGGUGGACAGGUAAUCCA